UGAUUGGCUAAUUCUUGCACCUGUCUACUAGCAUUGUAAACUCUCAACGACUUUAUCAAUCAAUAAAAAGGGUUAGAAAAUUUCUAGGUGAUAGCAGAUAGGGGAGAAAUUAUGUGAGAAAAUUAUGGGAAAAAGCAUAAGUCUAUUUGUAUUUGGACUUUACGGUGUGUCUAUUUUGGGACAGCUUAAAGUGAUCUCUUGUGACAGCGGUAAUCGGCAGAAGAGACUUAUCCAUGACCUUUUGGAUACGUAUAAUCCCAGGGCUCGACCCGUUACCAAUGACAACCAUACGGUGGGAUUGAAACUUACCAUUAGGCUGCAGCAGAUUAUGGACGUGGACGAGAAGAACGAAGUCAUCCAAACAUUUCUGAUUCUGGAACAGAUGUGGAAUGAUACUCGCCUAGCCUGGAACGAGACUGAGUACGGAGGAAUCAAGCAGAUGACACUUCGCUCAAAGUUAAUAUGGACGCCAGAUAUCAGUGUGCUCAACAGCGCAAACAAGGAUAUGGAUCUGAGAGAGAAAAACAUUCGACUCUUCAUCAACAGCGCGGGCGAGGUGUUAUGGAUGAAUCCCCUAAUACUCCACACUUCUUGUGGUAUGGACAUUGCGCACUUCCCAUUCGACAACCAGGCAUGUGAGUUAAGGUUUGGCUCCUGGUCCACCUCCCUACGCUACAUGGAUGUCCACCCGUUCGAAGACACUGCUAAUCUGCAAUAUUUCGUUGAAAAUGGUGAAUGGAUACUGGAAAGCACCACAUCAUACCGGAAGUUGAAGAAAUACGGCUGUUGUGAGAGCGAGUUUCCGGAAGUGACGUACGUUCUUGAGUUGCACAGGCGCACAUUGUUCUACACGAUGAACUUCAUUCUGCCUUGCGUACUCAUCGCCGUUCUAGCUCUCCUCGUCUUUCUGCUACCGCCGGAGUCUGGGGAGAGGAUGUCGUUUGGGGUCACUGUGUUGCUGUCGUUCACCAUACUCAUCCUCAUGUUACAGGCGAAGUUACCCGUCUCGUCUAAGGUGACCCCCCGAAUUGCGGUGUUUUACUGGAGCAUUAUGCUGGAGGUGUCUGCCGGCAUGUUUAUGGCCUGUCUGAUGCUAAGGUUCUACUAUCCGGAGCAAUCAAACGCACCCCUCCCCGGAUGGGUCAAGGAGUGUGUUCUCAACUACUGCGCACGCAUUGUUGGCUUGAAAAAGACCGCUGAACGUGUCCAGCAGGCGCUUGUGAUUCAAGGUUUUCACCAAGAGAAACUGCGCGAGAGCCACCAUACAGCUGGUGAUAACAUGAAAGUUCUAACGAACCAUAUCACGAAGACUGAGAGCGCAGAGGCCAAGAGGGAAGAGUGGAGACUAGCGGCCAGCGUUAUCAACAGGGUGUUUACGCUGCUCUACGUCAUUUCUAUAACCAUUACAAUUACAGUGAUAUUCUUAUUUUGAAUCGCGCCAUAAACAUGAUAUUCACGGUAAAAGAUGUUAUCACUACCAUAGUACAUUUUUAGCGGAGCCCCAUAGUUAAAUGUGGUAGGCUAUACGAUAAAGUUCCCGUGGUUGCGUUGUUGGUUCAUUGUUUUCCGUUUAUCCUUGCCCCUCGCGUCUCUGAUUGGUCGAAAAUAAAAUGGCGCGAAAGUGGGAACGCGCGCGUACUGAAAAAAAAAAUCAAUUUCCUUCAUCCAUAGUUUUGCAAAACAAACAUGCUACAAAGCCAAAGCUUAUAAUAUUAUAAAACACUGUAAAAAUAAUACACAAAUACGAACAUAGAAAACGGAUUGCGAAAAGGAAGGUGAACUUAAAAGGCGAAAACAUUCAGAACGACAUAAAGUCUCUAAGUAAGAUAAAAAAGAAUAAAGAAAAGAAGACAUGAAAUCACGAUCGAUACACUUUAAAAGCUUAAAUACCGUUAGAAUGAUUUGUAACCCUAGGUUCUAUAAUUAAACCGAUGAUAAGUAGAUGACGGUUCAACCUACUAGAUAUUCUUUUUAAAAAUUGAAUAAAUUUGUUAUAGUCGGUUCAAA